AUGUCUCCGCUCUUUAGCAGCUCUGUUUUUCACGAGGAGGUCCCCAUUCUCAUUGUAGGGGGUGGGCCAUCCGGUCUUCUUCUUGCCUAUUUACUUGCACAGCUAAAUGUCCGGUCUGUGAUCAUCGAGCGCUAUCCUACACGACUCGCGGCCCCCAAAGCACAUGCGCUUUCUCCCAGGUCUCUUGAACUUUGCCGACAGGCCGGUCUCGACGUGAAUGAGAUUCGCAAAAUCGGGAGUCCUCGCGGUGAUGCCUAUUGGGUGAACUUCAUCACCAGUCUUGCGGGUAAACAGGUCGGCCGGCUACCCUAUGAGCGAAUGGAUAAGGAAGUGUUGAAUGACACUCCCACAAUGAUUCACAACAUUCCCCAGCCGGCCUUUGAAGAAUUAGUUGCUGACAAGUUGGCUAAGAGUGAUCUUGUUGAAAUUCGCAAAAAUCACUCGUUUGUAAGCCUGGAGCAGGGUGAUGGCUUUGUUGUAACGACUAUCAAAGACCGUGGGGCUCAAAAAGAGUAUAAGAUUAGAUCCCGCCAUGUGGUCGCUUGUGAUGGUGCCAAAAGUGUUGUUCGAAAAUUCCUUGGCGUGACUUGUGAAGGAGAAGAGACAUGUGAAACCAUGAUGACGAUUCACUUUAACGCCGACCUGAAGCCAGUGAUUAAAGAUCGGGUCGGUAUGUUGCAUUGGGUUAUGGAUCCCGUGGUGUCUGGGUUCAUCAUCGGCUAUGAUUUGUCUGGAAACCAGGUCUUGAUUUGCAACUUUGACCCUGAGAAGCAUCCGGUGGACUCAUGGAACGAGGAGCACUGUCGCAGCGUUAUAGAUGCGUCUAUCGGGAUGAAGACUCCAUACGAUGUGCUCAGCUACCGACCAUGGAUUUUGAGUCGAAAAGUGGCUCGAUCGUAUCGAGUUGACCAGGUCUUUUUGGCCGGUGAUGCGGCUCACUCUUUCCCACCCACUGGCGGCCUCGGCCUGAACUCAGGACUUGGCGACGUUCACAAUCUUGCGUACAAGCUCGCCGCCGUUCAUCAAGGAUGGGGCGGAGACAAACUACUGGACACUUAUCAGUCCGAACGCCGUCAGAUCGCACUGGUAAACUCCAGCCAAAGUGUGAAAAACGGAAAGCAAAUCUUCAGCUUGUUGAAAGCUCUUGGCACGACAGAUCCAGAUGUCGAGGUUUGCAGACAGAAUCUUUACCAUAAUAUUCAAGAUGCCGAUGCAAUGAUCGAAAUCAACAAAGGGAUUGAAGGACAGCGCGAGCAUUUCGACAAUCUCGGCCUACACAUCGGAUACGUCUACGGCGACAAGAAAAUCCCCACUAAUGUGUCUCACUUCCAAUCUUCCUGUGUCCCUGGAGCCCGGCUUCCUCAUGCUUGGAUCAAGGUUUCUCGUGAGAAACUGCAAUUACCUGCCAUUGAUAACUCCUACGUGCAUGAGUUAUCGGAAGAUGAGGUCUGCAAGAAGCAGUUUUCUACCUUGGAUUUAUGCGGUCUGGACACCUUUACUCUCAUUGUGGACGAGACUAGAGCUCCUCAUUUCAAAGGGAUUAUCGAGGGGGCCAUCCAAGAACUACCCCGGGAAGUCGCAGGUGUCUUGCCCAUGAAACUCAUCGUUCAUGGAGUCGACUUUGCCCUUCAGGCCGGACCCGAAGCACAAAAGUGGACUGAGCUGAUGAAUUUGAAGAAACAGGCCAUUCUCGUCUGCCCGGAUCAACAUAUUUUGGCAUGUCUUCCAUGCAACAGUGGAACGGUCCAGCUUUUAAAGUCGUUGGAAGGACACUUGGGGUGGUAG